UGGAUCAGGAGAAAAGACAGACAACUGCUUACAGUGGGUAGGAGUACACAUUCUAUAGACAUGCGUUUCGUUGUCUCAAACGGUCCUGGCUGGAAUCUAUUGAUUAAAAACGUCAAUCACGAAGAUGCGGGUCUUUACGAGUGUCAGAUUCAGACGGAACCAAUGCAGCAGCGAUUCAUACGAUUGAACAUCACGGAGGCGUACUCGGUGAUACCGGGUGGACCGGAUCUCCACGUAAAGCAGGGUUCCAGCCUGCGUUUGGAGUGCCAGUUAAUGGCAGCCGCAGAAUCGCCCAGCUACGUGUUCUGGUAUCGCGAAGCGCGCAUGAUAAACUACGACAAUGAGCCCGGCGUUCGAUUCGAGCUUAAGAGAAACGGCUCCGUAUUCGUCGUGGAGAAGGUGAAGCUCUCGCAUGGUGGGAAUUACACAUGUUUGCCGAGCAAUGCUAGGCCGGCUCACAUCGUGCUACAUGUCAUCGAAGAAGAAGAGAAAUCGGCGGCCAUGCAUGGAGGCAAUCGGCGAAAUUCCACGGCUUCUACGUCAACCAACACCAUACUGACUCUCAUGGCUCUCCUGAUUAUCGAAAAUACUCGAUUCUAGACAUCUUAUCGAAACCAUGUAUCGAAAAAUCACGUUACCUUUAGUUCAUCUCAGAUCUCGCGAGCUGAAAUUCUCUGACGAUGAAAUCCAAACGUUCGUGAAAGAAGAUGUGACAGAUUCCGCGUGGGAUCAAAGAAAAACCUAUUUGCGAGUAAACUUAAAGCGAGAGAUUCAACUGCAGACAGUUUUCCGAGAAUCUCUGUAUCCCCAGUGGCGAAAUCUAAGGAGAACUACAAAGUUUCACGUAAUCAUGUAACUUUCGUUUAAAGAAACGUCUUAUCCAAGUGACACUACUUGAUAGAAACUCUGCUUGAACUCGUAACGAGUGAAUAAUAUUCGUGGAAUGAGAUUUGGCCAUCUUUCGACGUGGACGAAUUUGCUCGCGAACUUCAAGAACCAAGUUGCUACGUAUCGUUGGUCAUCAUAAACUCUUGCGCAUUGAAACAGAAGUUUUUUC